AUGGCACCUACUGUGUCCUCUUCCAGGACGCAACUGUCUUAUCCCCUCUACGCCGCCGACUUUGACCCUCUCAAUCCGGACUUUCUGCUUGUUGGUGGAGGUGGAGGCUCGUCGUCGACCGGCGUCCCCAACAAAAUCUCCCUGCUCGAUACUUCGCAAAGAAAUCAGUUGAAGGAGGUGGUUGACAUUCAGCUUGCCAGCGAUGAAGACUCCGUUACGAGUCUCGCGGUCGCCGACUCAUCUGCAGCAUCGCUCACCGCCUUUGCUGGGAUCAACAGUUCUGUUGCCGACCAGAACGCUGGGAAAAACGAACAUCUGAGAUCGUUCAGGAUUGGGCUGCCCACAAGGAAAAGGAAGGCUGACGGCAGUGUCGUCGAUGGAGAUGAAGAGAAGCUAGCGGCUUCGGCAACCGCCUCACAACCACUGGGCCGGGCUGCGCUGUUCAAAUCUGCGACGGCCACCAAGAACGAGACAUACCAGAGAGUCCUGCGGUUUUCGCCGGCCACCAAAACUGGUCAACCUCGCCUCGCAGCUAUCGCGUCUGGACUUGCUCCAACCAACGAAGUCAUUGUGUUUCGCCCGACCCCAAAACCGGGGCUGGAUGAUGUGAUUUCACGCAUCGAGCUGGGUAAUCGCGAGGCAGGGGACGUGGAUUUGGUGGUCGAAGACGACAAGGGCAGCUAUUUGCUUGCGUAUUGCACCGAUGAUGAAGUAUUUAUACAGCAGCUUCCGACAUCAUCCAAGCCUGAUGCUCCAACAUCUCUCUUUCGAGCUGCUGAGAUAUCAACCUCGCUGCCUCCCUCACAGAGACCUAAGUUUCGCGCUUUGCGCUUUUUAACCCCUCGUCAUCUGCUACUUCUCAGGAACCGCCCAUCACGAACUGGCGCAGAUCUCUUGGUCCUUCGAAUCAGCCACGACUGUUCGGAAGCCCGCAUAUCGUUACGCAAACAGCUCAGUAUGUCCAUAAAAGCGGCGGUUGGGCUGGAUGUGUGCAGCCUGACCGAAUCGGAGCAAGGCGAGAAGCAGUUCGUGAUUGCGGUAGCAGGACAGUCUGGAGAGAACAGCUCGAUAGAAAUAUUGGCGCUCGACUACUCGAGGGAGGCUGGACUGGGAGUUUUCAGAUCAUACACAUUCAUCAAAGCCGUUCAUAAUGGGCCACUCACGCGGCUUGUCUUGUCAAGCUUUAACGGACCAGCUCUUCCAGCCACCGGCACAGUUGGACCCCAAUCCCUGCGCCUGGCCUCUGUCGGCGUUGAUAAAUUUGUGGUGGUCCAUUACCUCCCGCUCCGGCCUUUCCCUCCAACCUCAACUAAGGCCCCUCGAUAUGUGCUCAUCCCUCCAGGACGCUCCGAGGCUGUGCAAACAUCAUUCAGCGUCUUCUUCGCGCUUGUGGUCGUCGGAUUUGUUGCUUUCCUCAUGCAAGCAUUCUGCGAGAUCCGUGGCGCCGUGCCACCCGUCCUCGGCGCUCCGGACUGGCUGUCACCGCGUAUGCGCGAACUGGUUGCUCGGCCCUAUAUAUUCGCUGACCGAAUGAGUUCCGCGGCAUCAGAUAUUCCUGUCGCGGCGCACAGCGCAACGGAAACCCUCAAAAGCUCCGUGGACGAAAUCACCUCGUCCCUUUCUUCCGCUUUGUCUUCGGCAACGGAUUCACUAAAGAACCUCGUAGAGGAAAACUCCAACUUGGAAACGCCAAAAGCCAUCAUUGUGCGGGAGCAGUCCUUGGGCGAAAUCUCCACCGAGGUUCUGCAGUCGGACGCCGAGGUCGUGCAGAAGGAGACGCUGAAGAAGUGGGAAGAACUGAGCGAGGCGCAAAAGAAGGGCUGGAAGCGCAGGUUGAUCGACGCGGGUCACUGGGCAGAGCAUCAGGGCGAGAACGUGCUGAAGGGCAUCUUGUUCUCGGAGCUCGCUGGAGCCGUGGGUAAUUUGGUCGGCGGAGUUUAA